AUGGCUUCCGUAAGAGAUACGGCGACUUUCUUUCUCGAGGGUACGGCAAGCCAAUUCGAACACGUUAUUAAAUUGUAUCCCCAGGCAUUGAGACUCAAGGCCGAUAGGAAAAACAAGAAACCCGAGGAACUUAUCAAAUUGGACAAUUGGUAUCAAAAUGAACUGCCAAAAAAGAUAAAAUCCCGUGGCAAAGAUGCCCAUCUUAAUCACGAAGAAUUAGUUCAGACAAUGAAAUGGAAGCAGACACGAGGCAAGUUUUACCCACAGCUCUCAUACUUGGUAAAAGUAAACACUCCCCGAGCAGUAAUGGCUGAGACAAAAAAAGCUUUCAAAAAACUUCCAAACUUGGAGCAAGCCAUUACAGCACUGUCGAAUCUCAAAGGAGUCGGGACGACGAUGGCGUCAGCACUACUCGCAGCCGCAUCACCCGAGCACGCUCCCUUCAUGGCUGAUGAGUGUCUCAUGGCGAUACCUGAAAUCGAGGGCAUUGAUUACACGACCAAGGAGUACCUCAAUUUUGUUCAACACAUCCAGACCACCGUCGAGAGGCUUAACCAACAGACGACGAAUGGAAAGACCUGGAGCCCUCAUCGAGUAGAAUUGGCACUGUGGACUCAUUACAUAGCAUCUGAAAUGAAGCCAGAAUUGCUUGAUGGGAUCCCCGGAGUCACGGAAAAUGGAAAAACUCACUCAUCGAGCAAUGGAGACGCGACUGAGCCCUCAGACGACAGCAAUCAAGAUGCAGCUGUUGUUAAUGGAAAAGAACCAGCAACGAUUGAUCCAGCUGCCAUCGACGAGAAUAGCACGACCACCUCCUUCACCGAGGACUCUAUGGACAAACCAGCGACUCCAAUCACUGCUGCCGUCGCUAGUGAAGACACAAACGAUUCGUUAACAACAAACGAAAAUGAAGAUUGCAGCAACACAUCAAGGCCAACUGACAGUGAGGAUACUGAAGAUUCACAGGACGCUCAGGAACCACCCAUUAAAAAAAUUAAAAAGUGA